UGUGGUAAUAAGUCGGCUCUUACCGUAGACAUGAGCGGAGCUUGCGUUCUCCUGCAACUGCAGACUAUUACCUCCUCCCACCGGAGACACUGGCGGUCCCCACACCCGUGGCCACACCCCUCCGACUUUCAGAGAAAACAGUUCAGGAGAUAUCUUCACCACUCGGGGGUCAUUAACUCCCUGACAAGCGCAUUGGUGGCACUUUAUGAGGAGAGCGAUAAACCAGACGACGCAAUGAAUUUCGUGAUGAAUCACCUAAGCGCACAGCUUUCUGAGGCACUGAUUUUGGAAAAGACCGAGCUGCGACGCAGGUGCGAGCGCCUCACAGAGGAGAACGAGGAGCUGAGGAGCAAGCUGUUGCAGUACGAGACGCCACCUUAGGAGGGAGCAGCGGAGUAAAAGCGAGGGGUUGGUUUUUAUCUAUUGGGAUGAUCCGGAUCAUUUCUACUAUGUUUAAAGGCAGCGCUUCUCUGUGUGUGAAUACGAGCGACCUGCCUCUUCCCACAGAGACAGAGUGGAUGAUUGACACGAGGGUUCACUUUGUGUAAUUAAUUUCGCUACAGAAUAGACAGUUUGAAAGCAACAAACAAACUAUUAAAUUGAUACUUUGCUUACCUUCACAA